GUCAAGUUUAAUUUAAUGCGUCAGGAAACCAAAAAUAAAAAUGAAACCAAAGUCGAUGACACCCAAGGAGUAGAUGAAAUCCAAUUGCGAGGCCACAAAAUCAGGGACAUCUUCCACUCAAGUGGUCAAUCAACCGGUAAAGGUGCCGGCGAAAGAAAUAGCACCAAAGCCCCUCAAGAACAAACUAACAAUGCAAGAAAU